AUGUCAGGAAACAUAACAGAAAGUGACGCAGACGCAUCCGCGGCGCUCGCCUCAUCCGGGGCCGCGAGGCGCAUCGCGGUGCGGCUGCUCAUUGGAUCCGGCGGAAGCGGCAAUCUUGGCGGAAAACUGAGCGGAAGCGGCGGAAGCGGAAACCUCGCAGCACUUUCAAACACUGCAGGAGCAGCCAGGGGGGUUACCAGCGUCGCUGGCAGCAGGCGUGGCGAAAGAUCCAUCGCCAGCGAAACCCCCGCGGGCGGCGGAAGUCCCGACAGCCUCGCGGGAUGGGUAUCGAGUCCAAAGGACUCCCGCAGGAGACUUCCGCAGAAGUCUGUUUCUGAGAGCUCGGAGCGCGGCGCAAAUGGCGGGAAGACUGGAAAGAAAGGCCAGGCGAGCGCGUGGGAACAAUGCGACGAUCUCAUGGUUGAUUGGCUGGGCUCCGUGGCGGAAUGCGGAUCCUCGGACGAAGCGGGCGGACCAACGGGGGGAUCUGCGCAAGUCGCCGCUCCGCGGCGUGGCGCGCAGAGCGGGCAGCAGGAGGGCCGCGCAGGGGGGCGCGGGGCCCCAAGGGCGCAGGACGAGCGCGACAGGCAGCGGGAGCGGAGCGGGGUGGAUCGGCGAAACUUACUUUCCGCGCGGGAACGAGAUACCAUUCCGCGCGUGUACUCCGAUGAGAUCGCGCCGCGCCACCUUUCUCGUACGAACAGCUGCAUCGACCACUCGCGGCCGGUCACGGCGCAGCGGGAGAAGCCGCGCAGCAGUUUUGACGGAGAGCGGGAGAGGGAGCGGGAACGGGAGCGUGAGGCGGAGCGGGAGGAGAAGGGGCGAGUGAAGGGCGGAGCGCGCAGGGGGGGAAACGCAGCGGCGCACGCGAAAGGGGAGAGCGGAGGUUUAUCGCGGACGUCUAGCUGUAUGUCAGCUGGCGGCGACGAAGUUCGGCGACUGGAGAACGAAAUCGCCGUCUUGCGGCGGCAGCUGGUAACUGUCGGCCAAGCCAAGAGUGCGUUCGGCAAUGGCGGUUCGGCAAGUGGCUCGGGCCAAGCCAAAGCGUGCCAACAUUCCGGGCCUGAGGCUGAGGCUCGGUCACCGGAAUGGCAGAGCAUCGCGAUGGAGGUAGUGGAACUGAGGGGACAGCUGGUUGAGUUGACUGACGUCAACGGACGAUUAACGGAGCUGCUCGAAAGGAGGACACAGGAGCUGGUAGUGACUAAAGAGGAGCUGAAAACGGCCAAGGAGGAGCGCGACGCGCUGGCCAAGGAAAUGGAGGCGCUGCUGGAGUCCCUGUCAGCAUCGCCGCCCGCUGACGUGGAAAAUACAGGCAUGUGCGCCUCGCAGCAGCAGGAGCAGCAGCAGAGGGUGCAGCAGGCGGAGGAGCAGGCACGGCAGCUGCAGCUACUACUCGAAACCGCCAUAGCGGAGCGAGACAUGGCGGUGCGCCUUGCUGCCGCCACAGGGAGACUCCCUGCGGGCCUCAUUCCCUCUACCAGCGCCGCCAGCAUUGCUCGUUCCUCCAGUGAAGACCCUUCGCCUCGCCUGCGCUUCACUCCCCUGGACGUCCGCUUCCGCACGUCAACCCUCAACUCCCGAUCCAACUCCCCCUCGCCUGCUACUUCCUCCUCCCCCAUGCUUCCCUUUUCCCCUUCCAUGAACUCCUAUUCUCCCUCCGCCUCGUUCUCGCCUUCCGCAGCCUCAUUCUCCCCCUCCUCGUUUUCCCCCUCCAGUUCUCUCACCAACUCCCCCUCCUGUCUGUCCCCCGCCGCCCGCCCGAGCGCGUACGCGCCCUCGCCAUUCCGCUCACACAGCGAGUCCAGUUCGGGUAACCGUGCUGACACCAUAGCCAAAUCGUGGCUCGGCGCCGACCCUGCAGGGCAGCCUCGGCACGGGAUGCUGAGGAGCUCUAGCCGAGGCCUGGUCACAUCAGCCAUACCAAGCAUGGACCCUGGGAGUCCUUCCACCAGGAGCACUGGAUGGAGGGGAGUGGCAAACGGGGAGGUGCAUGUGGGGAAGGGGCACCUGAGGCGGACAUCCACUGCAGGAGGUGCUAUUGAGGCCAGGCGUGUGUUGGAAUCAAGAUCACCCAUUUCGAUGAGCCGACCCGGAAGUGCCGAUAUAGUUCCCUCCGCGACCUUUACGGCAGGGGCGGGAGCCGGUAGUCGUGCUUCCGCCACUGCUUCUCCCGCCGCGCGCGCCUGCCCCUCCGCCGCUUCCGCUGCCUUCUCCGCCAUCCCCGAUUCCGCCCGUUUCUCCACCGCCACUCGCGCCGCUUCCGCCGCCUCCUCCCCCGCUGACGCAUCCUCAGGAGGCUCCUCCGCCGCCGCUGCCCCCGCCGCUUCCUCUCCGCCUCCCGCUUCCGCCCCCUCCCCCGGCGCUUCCGCCGCUCCACGCACUCCCCCCGCCGUCGUGCCCAUCUCGACUGUCCUCGUGGCGAAUCGUGGCGAGAUCGCGUGUCGCGUGAUGCGCACAUUAAAGCGCCUCGCGAUCCGCUCGGUGGCCGUCUACAGUGACGCGGACCGCGACGCACUCCACGUGCGCUCCGCUGACGUGGCGUUCCGCGUGGGCCCCGCCGCGGCGCGAGAGAGCUACCUGCGGGGAGACGCAAUUCUGGAUAUUGCAGAGAGAUGCGGGGCGCAGGCCAUUCACCCGGGUUACGGCUUUCUCUCAGAGAACGCUGACUUUGCUGCGGCGUGCAAACAGAGGGGUGUGGAGUUCAUCGGCCCGCCGCCCAGUGCCAUAAGAGCCAUGGGGGACAAGAGUGCGGCCAAGGAGCUGAUGACGUCAGCAGGCGUGCCGGUGGUCCCGGGGUAUCACGGUGAGGACCAAUCAGAGCGCUUCCUGCAGGAGGAGGCGGCGCGGAUCGGAUACCCCAUUCUCAUCAAGGCCACGCAGGGCGGCGGGGGCAAGGGCAUGCGCAUAGUGCGUCAGCCUCGGGAUUUGCUCCCCAGCCUGGCGAGUGCAGCAAGGGAGGCGGCAGCGUCGUUUGGCAACGGAAGGGUGCUGUUGGAAAGAUAUAUUCAGAGGCCCAGGCACAUUGAAGUGCAGGUGUUUGCAGACAAGCACGGCAACGUGGUGCAUCUCUUUGAGAGGGACUGCAGCGUGCAGCGACGGCACCAGAAGAUCAUUGAAGAGGCGCCCGCUCCAGGCAUAUCGGAGGAGUUCAGGCAGAAGAUCUGCUCCGCUGCUGUUGACGCUGCCAAGGCAGUGGGGUACGAGGGGGCGGGCACGGUGGAGUUUAUAAUCGACUGUGACACAAACGAGUUCUUCUUUAUGGAGAUGAACACACGCCUGCAGGUGGAGCACCCAGUGACAGAGAUGGUAACAGGGCAAGACCUGGUCGAGUGGCAGGUGCGUGUGGCACGGGGGGAGCCCCUCCCGCUCGCCCAGGGGGACCUGAAGCUGACCGGGCACGCCUUUGAGGCGCGGGUGUAUGCUGAGAACGUUCCCAGAGGCUUCCUGCCAGCUGCUGGGCCGCUGCUGCACCUGCGCACUCCGGAACCCUCUGCUUGCGUCCGGGUCGAAACGGGGGUGCAGGAGGGCGAUGACGUCAGCACCUUCUACGACCCAAUGAUAGCCAAGCUGGUGGUGUCAGCGGCCAAUCGCAGCGCGGCGCUGCAGCUGCUGCGGCAAUCCCUAGGGCGCUACGAGGUGGCGGGCGUGCCGACCAAUCUCGCGCUGCUCCAGGCUGUCGCGUGCCAUGCGGGAUUCGAGAGCGCUGACGUGGACACGCACUUCAUUCAGCGCCACCACGACGAGCUGAUGACGUCACAAGUGACGUCAGCGGCAGCAGGGGGAGGGGGGGGAUCAGCGGAAGCAGAAACAGCAGCAGGGGGGCGAGUGGCAGGAGCGGAGAGGGCGGAGUGUGGGGUUUUGCCUCUCACUGGGGUUGAGGGAGCAGCAGUGGCAGCAAUGGUGUGUCAAUGUGUGGUGGAGAGAUGGAGGGAGCAGGGUGGUGGCUUGUUGUCUUCCCCCGAUUCUCCCCCUUCAACCCCUUCCCCCCUUUCCCCCUGGUCGUCCGCCUCUGGGUUCCGCCCCAACUACUUCUACUCGCGCCCCUUCGCGCUCUCCCCCUGCCUGGGGGAGGGGGGUGGCGCGGAGGGGGAGGGGGACGACGGGGAAGAGGGGGAAGAGGCGGAGGAGGGGGAAGGGGGCCCGGAGGGGACGGGUAAUGGAGGGGUGGUAGACGGGUGGGUGAGGUACGAGACGGAUGGGAGCUUCACGGUUGGACUGGCGGAUGGGAGACACGUGGCAGCGUCUGGUUGGGUGGUGGACAGGGAGGGGCGGCGGGUGGAAGUGGAGGUGGGGGGGGAGCGGAGCCGCGUGUCGUUCUUCCAAGAGAGCACAGUGAGUGGGGUCAAUAGGGGUGGGGGGGAGUGGGAGCGGUGUGGUGGGGGGAGUGGGAGUGGUGUGGUGGGGGGAGAUGGUGGGUGGAAUGUGCGUGAAGGGGGAAGAGGAGCCACGUGUCAUUCUUCCAAGAGAGCAUCUCGUUUCAAUGCUCCCCCCAACCCCCCAACCUCCCACCCCUCCACUCCCCCACUACGCACCCAUCAGCCUGACAGCAUCAUCACCCACGUGUGGGUGGGCGGCCACCACCACCAAUUCUCCUCCCCUUGCCCCUCCAUCGCCCCCUUCCCCCUCGACGACCACGACGACUAUGACGACGUGCAUGGUCAUGCGCAUGGGCAUGGGCACACCCAUGGGCAUGGGCAUGGGAGGGGCGUGGUGGUAACGCCGAUGGCGGGGAGGGUGGUGCGGGUGGCAUAUGAGGAGGGUGCAUCUGUGCGCAAGGGGGACGUGGUGGUUAUCCUCGAGUCCAUGAAGAUGGAGCAUUCAGUGAAGGCGCGGCAGUCAGGCGUGUUGGCCGACGUGAGAGUGACAGUGGGGCAGCAGGUGGCAGACGCGCCUACUCUCGAGUCCAAGUCGCUCUAUAUCGUGCGCCUGCGCUCUGCUCUUCCCCUCGCCGCGUAUCGCGGCGGAAUCGCGAGCUUCCCGGGAUGGACGGACGAAGACGAAAAUGCUGCAAGUGCAUCAGUCCGUGGCACUAUCCCAUACCAAUCAUGGCUAUCCUUUCCAUCCCUUCCCCUCGGCCACCGUGCACUUCCCCACUUCCGCUCCCCCCUCUUCCCACCCGCCAGCUACAUGCACGCGAGCAACGGGUUCGCAGCGGCCCUCUCCCCGCAGCAGGUGUGGCGGCUGCAGCGGCACCCGGCAGUGGCGGCAGUGACGCGCAGCUGCAGAGUCACCCCCCUCACCAUCGACUCGCCCACCUUCAUGGGCAUGCGCGCCCCCGGGUCGCUGUGGCCCGCCAAUGGCGGGCAGGCGAGCGCGGGCAAGGGCAUGGUGGUGGGCGUGGUGGACACGGGCAUCUGGCCGGAACACCCCUCCUUCAGCGAUGCCGGCUUCCCCUCCUCGAAGCCCGCCGGCUGGUCGGGGAAAUGUGAAUCUACAAGCGAUUUCAAGUGCAACAACAAGGUCAUCGGCGGAAGGGCAUUCUACAAGGGCUUUAAGAAGUCUAACGGCGACCCGGACCUGUCUUCGGAUUGGUUGUCUCCCCGGGAUUCACAUGGCCAUGGCACAUGGUGUGCAAGUGCGGCAGCGGGCAACAAGGACGUACCCAUGGCGGGCGGCAAGGCGAGCGGCAUGGCGCCAGCAGCGCGCCUGGCAAUGUACAAGGUUCUCUGGUACUCUGAAGGCUCUCUUACCGGCACAUGGGCGGACAUUGAAGCUGCUGUCAACCAGGCGGUAGCGGACGGUGUGGAUGUGCUCUCCAUCUCGCUGGGUGGCAUGGAUAACAAGGAAACUUACUUCGACCACAUGUCGUAUCUCAGUGCGAACCUGGCCGGGGUGUUUGUGUCAUUUGCAGCAGGAAAUGCUGGCUCGCCCGGCUACUGGGAUCCUGGUUAUUUCCGCACAAUCGACAACUUCUCACCUUUCUACCUCACAGUAGGGGCUAGGCCGAGGCGGUCUAACCCUCAAGGCCACCACAGCAGCAGCAGCAGCAGCAGCCGCAGCAACUCAUCCUCCUCAUCAACUCCAGCAGCCACAGCUUACCCCUCCAUCGCCGAUUUCUCCUCCACAGGACCCCUCUGCAACCCUGAAAUCGAUGCCACCGGCGCUCUCCCCACCAACAGCAUCUUAAAGCCCGACAUUGUCGGCCCGGGCGUGGACCUAUACGCUGCUGCCCCGGGCUCGAAGGUCGGCAAGCCGGGCAGCUUCGCACAAAUGUCGGGGACGUCGAUGGCGACGCCUCACUUGGCGGGCAUCGCUGCUCUCAUCAUGCAGAAGCACCCCACGUGGAGCCCCGCGCAGGUCAUGUCGGCCAUUAUGACCACCGCCAAGACCACUGACACCAGCGGUGCUGCUAUUAAGAAUGGUUAUGGCGAGGUUGCUACUCCUUGGGAUAUGGGUGCUGGUCAUGUGUACCCACGGAAGGUGCAGGAUCCUGGGCUGACUUUCAACGCUCGGGCAGCCGCAUAUCGGAAUUUUCUGGCUGGGCAGAUCUAA